CGACCCAGGAGUGGCGUCCCAGGUGGAGGGCGGGCGGCGCGGCGAGGUCAUGGACAGCGGAGGAAGGCCCUCGCUGGGCCAGUUCAUCCUGCUGGGUACCAGCUCCGUCGUCACCGCCUUCCUGUACUCAGUGUACCGACAGAAGGCUCAGGUCUCCCGGGAGCUCAAGGGAGCUAAAAAAAUCCACCUGGGUAAAGAUUUAAAGAGUAUUCUUUCAGAAGCUCCAGGAAAAUGUGUGCCUUACGCAGUUAUUGAAGGAGCUGUGCGAUCUGUUAAAGAAACCCUGAACAGCCAGUUUGUGGAGAACUGCAAGGGGGUGAUUCAGCGGCUGACCCUGCAGGAGCACAAGAUGGUGUGGAAUCGAACAACGCACCUGUGGAAUGACUGUUCCAAGAUCAUCCACCAGAGGACCAACACGGUGCCCUUUGACCUGGUGCCCCACGAGGAUGGCGUGGAUGUGGCUGUGCGUGUGCUGAAGCCCCUGGACUCGGUGGACCUGGGCUUGGAGACAGUGUACGAGAGGUUCCACCCCUCGGUGCAGUCCUUCACGGACGUCAUUGGCCACUACAUCAGCGGCGAGCGCCCCAAAGGCAUCCAGGAGACGGAGGAGGUGCUCAAGGUGGGAGCCACGCUCACGGGCGUGGGCGAGCUGGUCCUGGACAACGACGCCGUCCGCCUGCAGCCCCCCAAACAGGGCAUGCAGUACUACCUCAGCAGCCAGGACUUCGACAGCCUGCUCCAGAGGCAGGAGUCGAGCGUCAGAUUCUGGAAGGUUCUGGUGCUGGUCUUCGGCUUUGCCACGUGCGCCAUGCUUUUCUUCCUCCUGCGGAAGCAGUACUUGCAGUGGCAGGAGCGCCUGCGCCUGCAGCAGAUGCAGAAGGAGUUACGGGAGCAGGUGUCCCGGAUGCUGAGCGAGGCCCAGUCGGAGGACAGGGAGGGCCUGGGCUCCACCUGUGUCGUAUGUCUGACCAACGUCAGGUCCUGUGUCUUCCUGGAGUGCGGGCAUGUGUGCUCGUGCAGCGAGUGCUACCUGGCCUUGCCGGAGCCCAAGCGCUGCCCCAUCUGCCGGAGGGAUGUCACCCGGGUGGUCCCGCUGUACAACAGCUAGGCUGCCUUGCCCACCCGGGAGGGGUCCCUGCCCAGCAGGGCAUGAGGAGGAAAGCCCUGUGCAGGGGCUGCCAUGGGGAGGGGGCACCUUCUUGGGCCCCAGCAAGUGUGCGUGAUAGAAUCGCCUGAAUGCCACAGCCAGUGGCUUGGCGGCUUCAGCCCUUCUCCGGGGUGUGUGGUUGUUGCUUGCUGUACGCCUGCAGGGCUGAGUCCGGGGUGAGGUGGGCUGUGAGUGUCGGAGCUCCUCACGGAGUGACCUCUGGAAAGACAGAGGCGGGCUGUGGUCUGUGUGGCUCUGCCCUCCGGAAGGGCCUGCUUCCCGAGUGUCCUGCUGGCGACACCCUACCGUCUGUCUCUUCUCCCCUGUUUGCCUCCUGCACAGGAGCCUUUGUGCAGACAGGACAGCAGAUGGUGAACCCCGUGUGUCUGCCUCUGCCUGCCUCAGGGGGAGACCCCGUUGGCAGAAGGAAGAGAGGCCCGACUCCGCUACCGCAGGGCGGCUGCCCCAGGGCACAGUGCCAGCCUGAAGUGGAGCGGCCGGCCAGCACAGCUCUAGUUUGCGUGCUGCAGAGGAGUGUCAAGGCACCCACAGGAAGCAGGAUGCCCCUCCGCGCAAACUCUUCGCUUUUGUAGUUUUGUUUGCAAGAAGUUGCUAGCACCCCAAACAGCACACUUUUCAGCGCUGCUCCCCUGCCCUGAUCUGAGGCCUAGUUGUCAUUCUGUGGGUGCAUCACACUGUCUACCCCACAUUCUCCUCACCCCACAGCUGCCCGGCCAAGCCCAGGAACACAAGAAGUGGCUGGGGGACCUUCGUCGCCUCCCUGUGGGCAUGGGACACACACAGUUGUUUUCUGCUUGCCUUCCCUGCCUUCAUGUCCUGGUCCUCUCUGUGGGGAGCAGGGGCACCCUCAGGGUGACACUGGUACUGUGCAGUGUCCAGUGUGAACAGCACAAAUUAAACACCUUAUAGCCGA